AUGAAGCAUCCACUUGAUGAUUCCUCGGUAGAGUCAUUCUUCAUUCCAGGAGCAAAGGUUUAUGAAAGAUACUUUGACUGUCCAUUAGAUUACCAAAAUUCAAACACCAGCUCCAGAAUAAAGGUCUUUGUUCGUCAUUUAGUUCCGCCUGAGAAAACAAUUGAUUGUAUGAAAACAAUGCCUUUUAUACUCUACCUCCAGGGUGGACCUGGAUUUGAGUGUGCCUUACCAUCCAAUGGCUCGUCUGGCUGGAUCAAGGUAGCAUUCGAAAAGGGUUAUCAGGUACUUUUGAUGGAUCAACGAGGCACCGGAUUAUCUUGCCAGAUAUCCGCCGAAUCGCUCUCGAGCCAAUUCAAAACUGAUGAAGAAAAGGCAGAGUACCUCUCCCACUUCCGCGCGGAUAAUAUUGUCAGAGACUGCGAAACUAUUCGUGAACAACUCACUGCUGGUAGAUCAAGAGAGGAAGAUAGACGUAUUCAUCUGAUUGGUCAGAGCUUUGGUGGAUUCUGCAUCACAACCUAUUUAUCUCUCUUCCCCAAGUCUGUAGCAAAGGCCUAUAUCACGGGCGGAGUACCACCUUUGGUUGACACACCUGACUCGGUCUAUAGGGCCCUUUAUCCUCGCAUUCUGUCCCGAAAUAAGACAUAUUAUAAAAAGUUUCCCCGGGACAUUGAACGUGUACGACAGAUCCACAGAUACCUUUCCACCAAGACCGUCACUUUACCCAACGGUGGUACGCUCUCUCCACGUCGCUUCCUUCAACUUGGCCUGUUCUUUGGCGUAUCAGGUGGAUUCGAUAGGAUUCAUACACUUGUACAGUCCGCUCAUGAUGAUCUCGAACGUCUCGGUCGCAUAAGCUACCGUACACUUCAUCACAUCCAGAACACCCAAGAUUGGGAUACCAAUGUCCUCUAUGCCGUGCUCCAUGAAGCGAUCUACUGUCAAAAUGGCCAGGCCAGUGGCUGGGCCGCUGAGCGUGUCCUUCAUGAAGCUCCGUUUGACUCUCUAUUUGAAUGGAGGCUCGACCAUUUGAAAGAAGAUCAGCCCAUUUAUUUCACAGGCGAAACCAUUUACCCCUUCAUGUUUGACGACUAUUCUGAGCUACGUCCCUUGAAAAAUGUCGCCAAUUUAUUAGCCGAAAGAUCAUGGCAGGGUCGUCUUUACGAUGCUAAAGUACUCAAUGCUCUUGAAAAUGUCGAAGUUGCUGCCUCUAUUUAUUAUGAUGACAUGUUUGUCGCUCGAGAGCUUUCAGAGCAUACUGCCGCACAAAUUAACGGAAUUCAGUCUUUUAUCACAAAUGAAUAUGCUCACAAGUAA